AUGGGGAAGGGCCGCAUCUUCCACUUCGGCUUCGCAGGGGCCGCCGAGCUCUUCGAGGCAGAAGCUGUCCCCUUUCGCGGAAAGAAACUGGGAAUCGAUAACCACCUCCGCAACAUAGCCAUCAAGGAGGGACUCGCCUCGCUCUCCUCCCCCAUGGUCGGCGAGUUUUGGAAGGCGCUAGUCAUACUUAAUCGCCAGUGCCUACGCGCUGGCAAGUGGAACGGCUAUUCCCAGCUGCGCCACUCCUCCUACGAUACUUACUUGAAUCCGCAGCUGCUGGACCAGUCCACAGAGGUGGUGGAGGAGUGGGAGGAGUGCUGUGGCUACCCUGGCAUCAGAAUGAUGAUUCCACGAGCGAAAAAGGUGAUGGUGAAGUACAAGGAAGAAUGCAAAUACGAGGACCGCACCAAAACUGCCAGUCUCGACGGCGAGAAAAACCUAAAGCCACGCUCCGCCUUCAACGAAACGCAGGUCUACAACACGAUAGAGAAGCUGAGCAGCUUCAGGGGGGAUUUCAAGGGCAUCCUUCCCGAUAAGGAAUUGCACGAGUUUAACUCCACCAUGGAGAUAGAGGGCCACGCUCAGGCCAUGUGGUGUUCCGCAAGGACAAACAGCUAUUGUAUCGAUAGUGCUCUGCAUCAUUCUGGGGCAUUAGACGGUGCCUUUUUGAAGAGUAACUCAGUCAACCACAACUACAUUCUUUGGGGAUCAAACUCAGCGCUUGGUGAUGGUUUUCUCAUGUUUUGCACCUACUUGGUGCUGUUGAACACGAUGAUUCCCAUUUCGCUGAUCGUGUCGAUAGAGAUAGUGAAGAUGUCACAGUCCUACUUCAUCGAUAACGAUAAGUUCAUGUAUAGCGCAUUCCGGGAGAAGGGAGCAGCUGUCCGUUCGGCCUCCCUCAACGAGGAACUGGGGCAAAUAGAGUAUGUAUUCACUGACAAAACUGGGACGCUCACCACCAACCGCAUGGAAUUUAAAAUAGCAUUGAUCGGGCACAAAUACUUCGGAGACCUAGGCUCAUUUCUCCCGAAGUCCCCCUCCAGAAAAGCGAUGGGUUUUAAGAUAGAUCUCUUCAGGAUUUGCUCAUCAGGGGCGCCAAUAAUUAUGGUGGCUAGUGAUGGUCGCGGCGUGCUUAAAUACCAGGGACCUUCUCCUGAUGAAAUAACUUUGGUGGAAGCGCAAACCAUGGGAUAUUAAUUCCUUUCUUCAACGCAGUCAACCACUCUCAUCAGCAUCAACAAAGUGGAGAAGGAGUUUCAGCUUCUCUAGAGCUUCGCCUUUACCUCUGACCGUAAGCGCAUGUCCGUGAUUGUGAGGGACAGCGGGAAGAUAAAACUGUACAUAAAAGGAGCUGACAACAUCAUCAAAGCCCGUCUGGCGCCAAAUCAAACAUUCUAGCUUGACUUUUAACUCUAACGAUUUUCCAGAAUUGGUCUGAGAACUCUACUGAUUGCAAUGCGUUACAUCUCAUAAUAGGAAUACGCUAAGUAUAAGCGUGAGUGUGAGGCUCUCCCGCUUUAGAACAAGGAAAAAGGCAUCGAGCCACUCAUCAGCAAGCUGGAGGAGAAUCUCUACGUAAUCGGAGCCACUGCAGUCCUAGAUAGGCUCCAAGAUGAAGUUCCGGAAACGAUACGUGACCUCAUCCGUGCAAGUAAAAUAUAAUUGAUGGACAUUAAGGUGUGGAUGCUUACUGGGGACAAGAUGGAGACAGCUGAGAACAUCGCCAAAAGCUGCAACCUAAUCCAAAGCGAUUUUUCAGUGCUCAAGCAUUAGUGUAAGGACAAGGACGUGAAUGUGCUGCACGGAGAACUCAUCAAGCUGAUAGAUGCAGCCAAGAGCGAGUCUGAGGAUGGGAAGAAGGUGAGUCUGCUCAUAGAAGGAUUUAGCUUAGCUUUCCUCUACUGCUAGUCAGUUGUGUGCUGCAGAUUACUACCCUCUCAGAAAGCUGACGUUGUCCGAGUGGUAAGAGAGCAGCUUGGCAGGAUAACGCUGUCUAUCGGAGACGGUGCGAACGACGUGCCGAUGAUAAAGCAGGCGCACAUAGGAAUAGGUCUGUUCGGAGAGGAGGGAAUGGGUGCAGUCCUUGCAAGUGACUACGCUCUUCCCGAGUUCCGCAUGCUUUGGCGACUGCUGCUGGUGCAUGGCAGGUGGAACUACAUGCGAAUCGCCGAAAUGAUCCUCUACUUCUUCUACAAGAACAUGCUGUUCACCAUUCCGCAGUUCAUCUUCGCGCUCUACUGCGGUUACUCCGGCCAGACCAUCUUCGACGACAUCUACAUAUCCCUCUACAACCUCAUCUUCACCUCUUUUCCACUGAUCAUCAGGGCGGUCUUCGAGCAGGACGUCAACUACGUGAGGCCUGCGAAGGGGGGCGAGGAAGACGUGGAGGGGUCUGCAGCUGCAGUCAAAAACCACAUCCUGUAG